GAAAAUCACUCAAAUCAGCCAGAUGUCACGCAAAUAAAAUGUUGUUCAAUACAUCCAAUUUAAUAAUUGAAAGAAUCCAUUGAAUGACGUCCUGAGACCUUGGUGUGUUGUUAUCGGGAAGUGCAUCGGUGUAUCAGCCCGAAAAUGUCUACAGAAAAAGAAGAAAGUGUGAAUAUUAAUGAUGCGGUGACCACGGAGCCGAGUAAAGAAAAACGCAUCGGAUGCGCUCAUUACAAACGUCGUGCAAAGUUCGUGACUCCAUGUUGCAACAAAGUCUAUGUCUGCCGAUACUGCCACGAUGAGAAUGAACAGCACUACUUCAACAGGAAGUCGGUCACAGAGCUCAUCUGCACCGAGUGUGACAAGAGACAGAAGGUGCAGGAAGAGUGUGAGAACUGUGGAGUAAGGUUCGGAAAGUACACAUGCCUGAUCUGCAACCUAUUCGACGACGACGACAAGAGACAGUACCACUGCGAGGGCUGCGGCAUCUGCCGCGUGGGGGGACGCGACCGGUUCUUCCACUGCGAGAGAUGCAACAUGUGUCUGCCCGUGCAGCUGCAGCAAGUCGGACAUAGGUGCGUAGAGAACGUGUCCCGAUCAAACUGCCCGGUGUGCCUGGAAGACAUCCACACGUCCCGCAUCCCGUGCCACAUCCCGGACUGCGGCCACCUGCUGCACCGGCCCUGCUUCGAGCAGCUGCUGCACUCCGGCCACUACGCCUGCCCCACCUGCCAGACUAGCAUGAUUGAUAUGACUAAUUUGUGGAGUUACUUAGACUCGGAAGUAGCGGCGACGCCGAUGCCGCCAGAGUACGCCGACUACAAGGCUACCAUACUCUGCAAGGAUUGUCAUAAGUUGUCGACAGUGAAGUUCCACGUGGUAGGUCUCAAGUGCCAACACUGCGGCGCCUACAACACUUGUCAGACCAAUGGCUUUCACAAGGACUCAAACACAGCGCAAGCGGGCGACUCAUCGACCGCGACAUCCACAUCGACCAGUCGCAGCGGCUCGUCCUCCGCCACCUUCCCCGAAGCCCGUGACGAGCCGCAGCACGACCUACCCCAAGCCAACCCGCUCGACGAACCGCCGCAGGCUUGACACAUCGUGUAGUCCUCACGACUAAUAGUCGCACGACUUUUUGUCGCACGACUAGUCGCAGCGGUUCGUCGGCUGUCAUCUUCUCUGAGUCGCGUGAUACGUCGCAGCAGGCUUGAUACCGAGGAACAUGCGCUUAUUAGUCGCAUGCACGACUAAUAGUCGCAAGCGCAGGCUUAGAGUUACCGCACAUGUUUCCACUCGCACUCUGAAUCUGAAUCCUUUAUAUUUGCGUGAUAUCUAUAAAUCCUUCAAUUUUCUUUCUAAUCCAUUGACUCUUGAAGUAAGCUGACUACGCAAAAUUUUCUUCUCCAACGAAUGUACUUCCAAACACCUAACUUCAUACACACGAAGAUACAUCUUUCAAAUUCUUGUCAAAUAAGUUUGCGUCUCCGAAGUUAGCUAUUAAUUGACGCCUCGCGCAUACACUGUAGUGUUCGGUUCAUAUAUUUUGACUAUCGUGUAAUCAUUAGUAGCUAUCUUCAGAGUAGAAAACUUACUCGAUAAAAGUUAACACCAUUCGCAACUGCCAGUAGGAGUAUGUGCGGCGAACCUUAUACGCGGUGAUGAUUUAUGUAUAUUUUUAGGCUCAAGUUCACCGACUACAGAAACUUGUUUCCUGAAAACAACUGUUUGUUAGCUAUAAAUAUUCAGUUCACGUUAAAUAUUCAAAGUAAACAGUUUUUAAAAAAAAGGCACGUUUUUGUUGUCGGUAAAUUUGGGCGUUUAUCGGACGUCAGAGCCGACUAAUAUUAACUGUCCACUGUUAUUUUAUAUUGUUAAUAAAUAAGUCGGCAAUUUCUAUAAGUUGAUGUAGUAAUUUGACAUAUCUUUUUAUCAAUUAUUAUUAUAUUUAUUUGGAAAUUAUAUUGUGAAUUUAAAGAAUUUUUUAAUAUACGUCGGACUUAUGUCUCUAAAGCACA